AGAAGCACGGUGCAGAGAGUUCCAAAUCUCCGAAAUCUUAAAGCAAGCACGGAAUACUUGGAAAGUAAAAAUAAAUAAAAUACUCAUUCUGCCACUGCGUGCUCCAUUGCGGGGGUAAUGGCAAGUUUCAGUGCCGAAGAUCUGUCAACAAUCGGAGGGAUCGCCACGGUUUCGCUGCUGCAUUCCUUCAUUCCUACCCAUUGGCUGCCUUUCUCCAUUGUUGGCCGCGCACAGAAAUGGACCCUUUCUCGCACUCUCCUCGUCACUGCAUUUGGAGCAAUUUUGCAUGUGGUGUCCACGUCACUUCUUGGCAUAACAGCUAUCACCAUGGCGAAUACUAUCGCGGGCGAAGAAACAGUGCAUAAACUAGCUUCACUUUUGCUUGUAAUUCUCGGUGGUGGUUAUGUCUUGCUGUUUCUGUCUGGAAAGGGUGGUCACAGUCAUUCCCAUAACCAACCCAUGGAGAAAAUGGCUGUUGCCGGGCUUGUCCUUGUUCCUGCAUUGUCACCUUGUGCAACUACACUUCCAGUAUUUCUUGCUGUUGGAAACUCAUCUUCCAUGAUGGUGCUAGCUAUCAUUGUGUUGCUAUUCAGCACCAUAACUGUGAUGACCUCACUGGUGGCUCUGUCAUUUUAUGGUGCCAGUCAGCUGAAGUUUCACUGGGUAGAGCGGUAUGACAAGCUUCUUGUAGGUUCUGUGCUUUGUUUGGUAGGAAUUUUGACUCUUGUUUUUCAUGAUCAUGAGCAUGGCCAUGGUGGAGUUGGAGAUUCCACUGUAGAGCACUUGCAUAGAAAAGUCCUUGUUCUAUGAGGGUUUUCGUUUACCUGUGAUUUCUAGCAAAAGUUGAAGUGGAGAAUUCUUCAUCUGGAUCAACUAUAAUUGGAUGUAAACCGUUCCAUGUGAAAUAUAUUAAUACUGCUACUGUUCGUUUUUGUUUUGCUUAUUUUGAUCCAUACGAUAAUCCUUGGGUGUGUUGGGUGGGCAGGCAGGUGGCGGUGGUGUUUUUCUAUAUGGAAAUGUUUGCCACAUCUCUGUGAUAGCUUCAUAAUGAAGUGUAAAUGGUGCCGUAUUACAGCAAAUGUUUAUCUGCUUCUAUGACUGUUGUUUCA